ACUACCCGCAGGGAACGCCCCACUUCGCCUGCAGUGAGAUCCCCCCUUCCUGCCCUCAGCGUGGGCAGACCCACCGCGCGCCGCGGGUGAAGGAGGGGCGGGGCGGUGCCGGAGCGGCCCCAACCCCACGGGGAGCGGGCAAAGGGGGAGGGGGAGUCCGGCAGCGCUCCCCCCCGUGGUGACAGUUUCUAGAAGCACGUCCCGACGUCCUUUGCGGUCUGAACAUGGAGGAGCUGACGGUGGAAGUGCGCGGCUCUAACGGGGCCUUCUACAAGGGAUUUAUCAAAGAUGUUCAUGAGGACUCGCUCACAGUGGUAUUUGAAAACAAUUGGCAACCAGAGCGCCAGGUACCCUUUAAUGAAGUCAGAUUACCACCACCCCCUGAUAUCAAGAAAGAAAUUGGUGAAGGAGAUGAAGUGGAGGUUUACUCUCGAGCAAAUGACCAAGAACCCUGUGGCUGGUGGCUGGCAAAAGUUCGAAUGAUGAAAGGAGAGUUUUAUGUCAUUGAAUAUGCUGCUUGUGAUGCCACUUACAAUGAAAUUGUCACUUACGAACGACUCCGACCUGUGAAUCAAAAUAAAACUGUCAAAAAGAACACAUUUUUCAAGUGCACAGUGGAUGUUCCUGAAGAUCUGCGAGAUGCGUGUGCUAAUGAAAAUGCACAUAAAGAUUUCAAGAAAGCUGUGGGAGCAUGUCGAAUAUUUUAUCAUGCUGAAACUGCUCAACUAAUAAUACUGUCUGCCAGUGAAGCAACAGUGAAGAGAGUGAAUAUAUUGAGUGACAUGCAUUUGCGCAGCAUUCGCACCAAACUUAUGCUCAUGUCGAGAAAUGAAGAAGCUACAAAACACUUAGAAUGCACAAAGCAGCUUGCUGCAGCAUUUCAUGAGGAGUUUGUAGUCAGAGAAGAUUUAAUGGGACUUGCUAUAGGAACACAUGGCAGUAACAUACAACAAGCCAGGAAGGUUCCAGGAGUUACUGCCAUUGAACUUGAGGAGAAUACUGGUACUUUCAGAAUCUAUGGAGAGACUGCUGAUGCAGUAAAAAAGGCUAGAAGUUACUUGGAAUUUGUGGAGGAUUUUAUUCAAGUUCCCAGAAAUCUCGUUGGAAAAGUUAUUGGAAAAAAUGGAAAAGUGAUUCAGGAGAUUGUAGACAAAUCUGGAGUCGUCAGGGUGAGAAUUGAAGGAGAUAAUGAAAAUAAACUGCCCCGUGAAGAUGGAAUGGUACCAUUUGUAUUUGUUGGUACUAAAGAAAGCAUUGGAAAUGUCCAAGUUCUCUUAGAAUACCACAUUGCAUAUCUAAAGGAGGUGGAACAACUAAGACUGGAAAGGCUCCAGAUUGAUGAGCAGUUGCGUCAGAUUGGUAUGGGUUUCAGACCCUCUUCUGCUAGAGUUCCUGAAAAAGAAAAGGGUUAUACGACCGAUGAGAACACCCUCUCGUCUGUGCAAGGUUCCAGAUCCUACAGUGGAAGGGGGAGAGGCCGCAGAGGCCCCAAUUACACAUCUGGUUACGAAUCUGAGAGAAAAGAUGAACUUAGUGACUGGUCCUUGGCAGGAGAAGAUGACAGAGAAAGCAGGCACCAGCGUGACAACAGACGACGUCCUGGAGGACGAGGACGUAGUGUGUCUGGAGGGCGUGGGCGCGGUGGACCUCGUGGUGGGAAGUCAUCCAUUAGCUCUGUGCUUAAAGAUCCAGACAGCAACCCUUACAGCUUGCUUGAUAACACAGAGUCAGACCAGACUGUGGACACUGAUGCUAGCGAAUCUCACCACAGUAGUAACCGCCGCAGGAGGUCACGUCGGCGAAGGACUGAUGAAGAUGCUGUUCUUAUGGAUGGGAUGACAGAGUCUGAUACAGCAUCUGUUAAUGAGAAUGGUUUAGAUGAUAGUGACAAAAAACCCCAGCGACGCAAUCGUAGCCGCAGGCGUCGCUUCAGGGGUCAGGCAGAAGAUAGACAGCCAGUAACAGUAGCUGAUUAUAUAUCACGAGCUGAAUCUCAGAGUAGACAGAGAAACCCUCCAAAGGAGACACUAGCCAAAACCAAGAAAGAAACGGCAAAAGAUGCUAUUGAUGAAAACAGCCCUUCUGAAAAGGCAGUGAAUGGUCCUGCUACAACUUCUGGGGAUGAGCCUUCUAAAGUACAGCACACUCCUGAUGAGAAGAAAGUUACUGUUCAGGAGGAUGGAAACAAUCAGGAAGAAGCCGUGCUGAAUGGUGUUUCAUAAACUGAAGUCCCUAGUUUACAGUUCUUCUACAUUACAUUUAAAAUAGUGCUUGUAUAAGCUUGCCAAAGAUAGAAUAUGGAUCGCCAGUCUUGACACCGCACUUUCAGUUCCUCCAUUUUGGAAUACAGAAAGGGGAGGGAUCCUGAAGAAAUCAUAUGUUAAACAUACUUUGACACCUACUGUGUUAUAAAUAUAUCAUCAGAUGUGCCUUGAGAUAGUAUAUGUAACAUUUAAAUAAACAAAAUUGCUGGCUAUAGGAAAUGUUAUUUUGUUUUCAAAAUAUGGCAAAGAUGUGAGGGGGAUCCCUAACAUAAUACUCUUUAUGAAAGCAUUAGCUGCUUUUGUUACAUUUUUAAUAAUAUGCAACCACUUCUUCACCUGAGGAAUACUAGAAAGAAAUGCAGUCUAAAAUAUUUUGCACUGAAAUGUAAUUUCUCCAUUAGUUUAGUCUGGAAACUGGUCUGUUUUAAUACAUGUUUUUUAAAUGCUGUAUGUAGAGGAAAAAUCUGCAGACCACUGGAAUACAUUUGUUAAAUUCUCAUAAUCUGCAGGGAUUCUGGGUGACAUUGGCAGUGACUGUUCUACAUUGAGGCUUUGUUUGGUUUAUUUAUUAAACUGUACAGUAUUUAAAAAUCAAACAUAGCUUUAGUUAACACUAAGCUGAAUUAGUCAUGUCCAUUAAGACAUAACCUGAACUACUGAAAAGAUCAAUUUCCAGAAAGUUUAUUCUGUAUAAACUACAUAUGUUAGUCCUUAGUAGAGUAUUUUUAUUUUUGUUUUGGUUGUUUGAUGUGCAAUAUGUUUUUUUUGUAUGCUGGUAGUAAAAUAAACUUUGAUCUUCCA